UGUGAAAGUAGGUGAUGCAACACGUGUGACAACACUUUAAACAUACGGUAGUCACACUGAAGAAAGUUUAGCAAUUAUGACUGAGCCAACUCAACAAAUGGAAGCUGUUUCAAUAAAAGACGAAAAAAUGGAUAAAGUGGAUGAAGAUGAUGUAGUGAAUCCAUGGGAAGUAGCAACAAGCUCAGCAACAGGCGUGGAUUAUGAUAGACUCAUAAAGAGGUUUGGAAGCACCAAAAUAGAUGAUGCCUUGUUGCAGAGGAUUGAAAAAGUCACAGGAAAACCUGUUCACCAUUUACUGCGAAGAGGAAAAUUCUUUUCUCAAAGAGAUAUGCACAUCAUCCUGGACUUGUAUGAACAAAAGAAGCCCUUCUAUUUGUACACAGGAAGAGGCCCAUCUUCUGACUCCAUGCACAUGGGCCAUCUUAUUCCAUUUAUCUUUACCAAAUGGUUACAGGACACUUUUGAUGUCCCACUCGUCAUACAGCUGACGGACGAUGAGAAAUACCUGUGGAAGGACCUCACUCUGGAACAGGCCAACCACAUGGCAUUCGAAAACGCCAAAGACAUCAUUGCCUGUGGAUUUGAUAUUGAAAAAACUUUUAUUUUUAGUGAUUUGGACUUUAUAUCAAACAGCCCAGCAUUCUACAGAAACAUGUGCCGUGUUCAAAAACUGGUGACCUACAACCAGGUGAGGGGGAUCUUUGGUUUCGGGGAUAGUGACUGUAUCGGAAAGAUCAGUUUUCCAGCCAUCCAGGCCUCUCCCAGCUUCAGCUCGUCAUUCCCAGAAAUAUUUAAUGGCCGCUCAGACAUCCCUUGCCUAAUUCCGUGUGCAAUUGAUCAGGACCCCUACUUCCGGAUGACUCGUGAUGUGGCUCCGCGGAUGAACUGUCUGAAGCCUGCACUGAUUCAUUCCACCUUCUUCCCGGCCCUCCAGGGUGCCCAGACCAAGAUGAGUGCCAGCGACCCCACCUCCUCUAUUUUUGUGACUGAUUCAGACAAACAGAUCAAGGAUAAGAUCAACAAGUAUGCUUUCUCUGGAGGUGGAGCGACUGUGGAGGAACACAAGGAGAAGGGAGGUAACUGUGAUGUGGACGUGUCUUUUCAGUAUCUGACAUUCUUCAUGGAGGAUGAUGAUAGACUGGAGGAAAUCAGAAAGACAUAUACUAGUGGAGAGCUGUUGACGGGGUUCCUGAAGAAAGAGUUGGUGGAAAUCCUACAGAAGCUGGUGGGGGAACACAGGCAGAGAAGGGCCUCCCUCACCGAUGAUGUUGUCAAACAGUUCAUGACCCCCAGGAAACUGAAGUUUGACUACCCCCCACCCACCCCUCCCUCAGAAAAAAAGAAGAAAAAGAAGCAGAAAAACUCAAAGGCAGUUUGAUCAUGUUCAUGCUUAAGGAAAUUCUAUAUUUAAACUAAUUGACCUCUUAUAAUUUCUUAAACUGUCUGAUCUGGAACAGUUAUUUACAGAAAUCUUCGAACUGUAAAGAUUUAAUGACCAAGUAUGUACAAUGAAGAUGGUUUUAUUUUUCAGGUGUAUGUUUCUAAUUUCUUUUUUUUAUUUUCUAUCAAACAUUCAAUAUUUGUUUCAUUGUGUACAUUUUAGAAUAUAUUAACUUAUUCAAGUAACUGUACUAUAAUAGUGUCAGGCUUUAUUCUUUUAAGAAUGUUUAUAGCAUUUCAAUUGCUCUUUGAUUUUUGAAGAGUUACCUGUAUUUGGCAUGGAAAUAUGAAAGAGUACAAUAGCAUAUUUAUACAAUGUUUCCUCAGUGUGAAUUCUUUACUAUUACAGCUUUUUUUUUAUACCACAUGAUUUAAUGAAUUUUGAUUCCAUAAUGAAUAAUGAAUCUAUUGGAAGAUGUC